AUGGCCGGCUUCGCCCAGGUCUCCGACCCUGUGGACAGUUUACGAGGGAUUCUGAGCCAGUAUCCGCUGGGUACCGGCCUGUGCAAGGAGCUCUUGCAGAAUUCAGACGAUGCUGGAGCGACGGAGCAGACGUUCAUUCUCGACUGCAGGACGCAUGAGUCCGGCCAGGGCUUCGCGUCUGGCCCUGCAUUCAUCGCGCACAACAAUGCCCUGGUUACAGAGUCGGACUGGGAGGGUCUGCAGAACAUGCACAAGUCUGCCAAGACACGCAAUGCAGCAACGACGGGAAAAUAUGGCAUUGGAUUCCGUUCAUGCUUCCACCUCAGCGACACUCCCGAAAUCCUUUCUGGCCGCGACAUCGCUAUCUUCGACCCGCUCAAGCGCGUUUUGAACACUACUGGGUCGAAGCGUGAAUUCAUUGGUGACCACACCAUGUUCUCGCACCUGGCUACUUUCAGCUCUGUGUUCACAUCGCACACCCCGCAUCUUCACCCCUUCAAUGCCACUGCUAUACGGCUGCCUCUCAGGCGUAUCGCUUUCCAUGAGAACACCUUCGGUCCCGCCGUAUCGAGUGAGGACGUUAUUGAACUUCUCACAACAUUCAUACGGAACGAUAUGUCUACUGUUCUUCUGUUUUGCCGGAAUUUAUCGUCAAUCGUCGUCCGCAUCAUUGCUCCUACGGAGGAAACAACAACGAUUGCAUCAGUCGUGAGGGAGCAGAAGUACGCGCCAGUCCGCGUCUACAAUGCGUACCUUCAGGAAACCUCAAUGGUUCUCCUUUCCCGAGAGCGCAACGUGCGCUCCGACUGGCUACGCCUCCUUUGUAAGGACAACCUCGACCAUUUUGCUCGGAAACUUGCAGAGAAGCUAGGAUAUCUUGGGAAGAAGCACUGGAAGGACGUCAAAGGCCAGCUCGAAGAUGAGAAGUUCGUCCCCGACGUGGGCAUUGCCUUCCCAUUGAACCCGUCGACGGAAGCCACCGGUCGGCUGUUCACCUUCUUGCCUCUGCCCAUCGCAACCAAUCUGCCUUUUCACGUCAACGCCACAUUCGCUCUCACUUCGGACCGACAGUCGCUCGUGAAUUCGGCUGAGCCUGGAGCAGCGCGCUCGGCCCAUCGCUUCAAGGUUGAGUGGAACCGUCUUCUAUUCUCUAUCGCGAUCCCCGCCGCGUGGUGCACACUCUUGCGAAUCGGCGUUGAUCGAGGCAUCAGAUUUGGCGACUUGUGGCCCCGUUCCGCCCCGGUAGAUGAGGCCCAGGGCCAGCAAGGGUACUGGAACCACACCUCUGUCCAUCUUGCCGAGCUGCUCUGGCACAGGUCCAUACCAGUGUGGCCGUUGGUCGGAGAAGGCGCCCCAGUCACGCUCUCUAACGAUACCUUCGUCACCUCGGAAGCGGAGGAGUCCUACACCACAGCUCUAACGGAAGUGGGCUUCAAGAUCUGCCGGCUCCCCUAUCACAUCCUUAUCAUACUGAGUCUGGCGACUCUACCGUUGACGUUGCUGGAGCCAGAGGUAGUGCGCAAACGGUUGCUGGCGCAUGCGGAGCUGCUGUAUACUGCACCCCUGACCGACGCUGGUCGUGCUCUCCGCAGCACUAUACUGGAAUACCUGCUGUCUUCCAGUCCGGUGAAGCACAUCAUCGGCCUGCCGCUGAUACCGUUGAAGAGCGACGAGGACGUUUACUUCGCCUUGGAAUUCUCGGACAAGGCUCAGGCUUACCUCUUCGACGACGCCCAGGCGGCUCUAUUUGGUCCGGUGCUGCCCAUUUACUACACAGUCCCGACACUCAUCCCCGAUGCACUUCGCGACAGCUAUCUCGGAUCCAAGUACAACCUUCGACGACUCAAUCCCAAACUCACUGUUGACCUCACUGUAAGAGCGCUCAAGCGUCUCAAAGUCGAAGGAAAGGGAGAAGCUGUGCCCUGGGCUGUUCGACUCUGGCAAUGGAUCUCCGAUGAUGUCUCUGACUCGCAGCGUGCUUACGUCGAAGCUCUCGCCGAGCAUCCAACGGUCCCGACGGCGAGCGGCGGUUGGUCUACGGUUGCAAAGGAGGGCGCAUACUUCUUCACCGAUGAGAUACGUGGUGCAGAUAUUCGCGCCCUCCUUACGCGCGGAGGGCUCCCUCUUCUUCAUCCCGAUGUCCCACGCGCUCCGCUCGAAAGCAAUGGCUUCACUCACUCUAUACGCGAUGGAUCUUCGUGGAUCACCAAAGACGUUCUGCAGCGCGCUAUGGCCACUGCCCCCACAGAGAGCGAAAUACAGGCCUUGAUGGAACUACUUACGGAUAUCUUGUCAACGACGUCGUCAAUCGAGUCGGAGUAUCUCGGCUCACACCUGCGGAAACUGCCCAUCUUUCCGGUUAUUUCCGACGGUGUCCAGACCACGUCGACGGAAAGACAGUCUAUACCAGGCGACGCAGCAGUCUACUUGAUUCCCCUCGCCCUUGUACCACCAAUUCCGAAGAUACCCAACGCCUGCUUCGUACCCGAGACCCUGCCACACGCCGUCGCUCGAUCCAUUGGCGCCCAGAUCGCACCCCUCACUCAGUUGGACGUACUGCGACUGACCCUCGAUAACUUCUCGACGCAGACUACUACGCUGCAGGCUGCCGUUGUCCGGCACAUGGCGAAGGAGAAGGAGUCCAUCCUCCCAAGCACAAUCAGGCGGCUCGCCGAGUGCAACUUCGUUCCAGUCGCGGGAGGGAAUUCCACAGCUCGGCCAUGCGCCGUGAUUGACCCGCACUCCCCGCUCUGCGCACUUUUCCCUUCGGACGACGCCCGAAUUCCCCAGCAAUCCAGUCACAUUCAGCGCAAAGUCAUCAAGAGCCUCUCGAAGCUUGGUGUCCUCAUUUCGCAAUUCUCUAUCGACAUCGCCAACCAUUGCAUGAAGCGCAUCGCCGGCGACCCGACCAAUCCGGCGCAUCUAUCAUGCGCGAGCAGCUUGAUCGAGAUGUUGGACGCCGCGGACGUGGACGCGAGACUGCUUGAGGUCGACGAUUCGCAGAGCUGGAUCCCGUGUGAAGAUGGUGUCCUUCGUGCGCGGUGUGAUUGUCGCGAUGCCUCAGAAGACAGGCGCCACCAUCAAGAUCUCUUCGAUCGCGUACUAGCGCUUUCGAGAGCCCGCGUCACGUCGCCAACACUACGCCUGACCUUGAACUGGCAUAGGCCCAUCCCGAUAUCUGUCCUCAAACGACAGUUCAUGCUCUGCGUCAACGAGGAUGGAGUGUCUACCAGUACUCUGCAAACUCUGAUCGAGGAGCUAGUGCGACGUCGGGAGCUGGAGGAGAUAUCCGUGGACGAUAUGGGCGAGUUGCGAGACGCCACCACGGGAAGAAGAUGGGUUCCGGUGGACGGGACGUUGCGAAGCGCGGCCGACGUUGUCUUCGAGCUGCCGGUCGCCCUCCCGCCAUUCUGCCGCUUGGAGGCAAGUUCGGGGGCGGAAAGAAGGUUCCUUCUUGAGAUGGGCUGCUCCGAGAGGCCAUCGACGCAAGCGGUACUGGAUGCUUAUCAGGAACUUCUGGAUGGCACUGGUGUAGGCGUCGAAGUUGACGUGCAACGCGUCAUCUCGCUCUUGAAGACCAUCUGCCUCGAUCCCCUCAGUGACGCACAGUUGGCACAACUUGCUAUCCCUGCCGAGGAUAACUGCAUGUAUCCCAGAGAGCGCGUCUACCACAACGACAUGCCACCUCAGGACGAGACGCCUCGUUUACCCGAAUCCGCGCACCUAGCGCACGAGCAGAUUGAUGUUGAGCUCGCGCGCCUCCUACGCCUCGCCCCGUUGUCGAGGCUGUACAUCCGCGAGUUGUAUGACGAGGAGGAUAUGGGAGAGCCUCUUGCAUCCCGCGUCUCGAACGUCCUCGUCCAGUACCAGCGAGAGCAGAUGCCAACGGAGUUCGUAGCGAACGCGAUCGACUCGGGUGCAACUUCGGUCGCUUUCACCAUCGACGAAGUCGACUUUUCGACCUCUGUUGAGCACUUGUUGCAUCCAGGUCUCAAGGACUUUCAAUCGGGAGGAAGCCUUGUUGUGUACAACAAUUCGAAGUUCACCGGCGAGGACUGGAUCGGCAUCAAGCGCGUUGGGCAGGGAAGCAAGCGCGGUGCAGCUGGAACUAUAGGCAAGUUCGGCUUGGGUGCGCUAGCUGCAUACCACAUCUCCGAAGUCACGAUGGUCAUUUCUGGCGACUAUUUCCUCGUUCUCGAUCCAUCGCGGCGAUACCUUCGUAAUGGACGGGCAUCUCGUCAAAUCAAACUUGAGGAUAUGCAUAGGUUCUAUCAAGACCAACUCCGUCCUUUCUUUGGGCACCACGGGUUUGAGGAGGGGGACACGUUCUAUGAUGGGACCCUGUUCCGUCUGCCUUUGCGUACUCUUGCGCAAGCAGCCAGAAGCGAGCUCUGCAAGUCAUCCUUCAGCACUACGGAUUCCCAGCUCCUUCUCGACCGGUACUCUGAAAGUGGCAAGCUCGCUGCUCUCUUUGUGCAAGCGCUAUACUCUCUUAGGGUGCUCCGGCGAUCCACUUCGGCUAAUGGUACCCAAUCCUCCACCCCGGCCCUUCUCUGGUCGCUCGUCGUCGAUCGGAGUGACACGACCGUGAAGACGCUCACUCCGCGGACUAUACAGGCCGCAUGCGUUCGCUUGCGGGUUAUCUCUCCAGCAGAGGAAACGACAGAGGAAUGGGAGACUUACUCGCAGUCUCUGCGCCUAUCGCCUGCCGACCAGCGAUUAGCAGAUCGAUAUCGCCUCUCAGACACUAUCUCGGUUGGCGUCGCUCUUCGCUCUGACAUGCGCGAAACCGCUGUAUCUCGACUUUUCUCCCAUCUCCCGCUUCCCAUCAGCACCUCCUUGCCCUUCCAAGUACACGCAUCCUUCAUCAUGGCCGAAGACCGUCGUGCUAUCCGACUGGAUGAAACAGCGCUAGAAGACUCGGAGUCGACCUUCAACCAACGUCUCCUUUCGACCCACGUUCCAGCUUUGUAUCUCGAGGCAUUGCAUCGGCUCUCCCCUACUCGAUCUUUACUCGAUGAGAACUUGUUGCCAGACAAGGACGCGAUAUCGGAUGCUCCGUCCCGCCUAGUCGCCAGCGGACUGUACUCCACAUUCGCAGAAGACGAUCGACUCUUGUGUCAGUCAGUCACCGGUGAUCGUAUCACCCCGUCUUCUGCUGUCUUUGCGGACGAGACCAUCCCGGAGGGGGUUCGCCGCGCGCUCGAACUCCUUGCACCACGCAACUACGUACUGGGACCCACUGCACUCAAGUUCACGGCUGUUCCUCGCGUGUGCGCAGGUUUUGUGCGAGAUACCAUCGCAAGUUCUACCCAGGUCUUCCAGGAUCUCUUCGUCUCGAAAAGGGUCACGCUCGCCAUGGUAGCCUCGCUGCUGCAGUACCUGGUGGAUGACGAUGCACAGGGAAAGCAUCUUGUUGGCCUACCUCUGCUCCCCGUCGCAGAUGGGAGCUUGACGACCUUCAACUCGGAGUCUCCAGCCGUCUUUACUCUGCCUCUUCCGUUACGCACCGCCCUAGUCGGUCAGGCUGCGCCGUGGCAUGUGGUCUUUCCACCCGAUCGCUUCUUGCAUCCCGCAAUACCAAGUUCCCUUCAGGACAGCCUUCUGAGUGCAAACGGUCAGAUUCGGCUAUUCGACGACAUUGCUAUCGCACAACUUGUACGCGCUCGCUUACCGGUGUCGCCGAAGUCCCCACUAUCUGCCGAGGAUGCUGCGUGGGUCCUCGCCUUCUGGGAAUUGUAUCCGACGAUCCAUCCAUCGGACAUUAUCGACGAGAAUCUCUUCGAUAUGCCUCUGGUGCCAGUGCGCGGGACUGGUUGGAACGCCGUGUCACUCGCCAGCUGCAAUAGUGCGGACGUGUUCUUCAAAUCGGCAAACUCCCCUUCGAGCGCUAUCGAAGCCCUGUACAGGAUGGGCGCAUCAAUCGUUGAUAAACCCGGCCUUCCACACAUCCUGAAGAUGCACGAGCGCAUCCAGGCGUCCACCUUUUCGUUGCAUGCAGUGCUGGAAUUCCUGAAUCUGGGAGCGCGCGAGCGGUUCAAUCUCCUCCUCGAACCUCAAAGAGCGGAGUUCCGACAAUGGCUCACGACACAGCUGUGUCGUCUCACUACCCUUUCCCAACAAGACGUCGCUAUUGCUCGGACUCUCCCACUGGUGCCUAUUCGCGAUUCCGCGGACUACGGAACACCAGAUGAAAUCGUCAUGCUCCCCGACUUCAUUGACUUGGCCGAUGUUCUUCCGCUUACAGAUGCAUCAUAUCGCCUGGCAGACUACGAUGAAGGCAUCGUGCGAGCGUUCAAAAUCGACACCGUUGAUCCUUGGGAGUUGUGCAAAGAAAUUGCAUUGCAACAGGAAAUUGGGCAGACCAUUUCGGGUAGCGCGCUCACGGGUCUCAGAGGCUUUCUCGCUUCCGUCCUCGACACUUCGCGCGUAACAAGCCACGACCUUUCUCCACUUAAGCUCCCCAAUGCUCAUGGUGUCUAUGUCGCUCAAGAAGACCUCUUUUCCCGGAUGAUACCCUUGUUCGUGGAGAUACUCGCUGUGCCAGGUCGACGGCCCGAGGCAUUCGUUCAUCCUGAUCUUUCCGGACUGGAGGGGCACAUGCGCAAGUUGGCAGUGCAGACGGAGCUUGACUCGGAGUCGUUCGGGAAGUGCGUACAAGCCGUACACGACGCGACAGACGUGUUACAGGUCGAAAGCGGCCAUUCCGCAUACAACUUCUACCGCAACGAACUGUUCAAAGUAAGGCGUGUCGCUUGGACAUUCUUUGACGAUCGGUGCUUCAUACCUCGAGAACUCGACAGGCGCAGGCUUCGUCCGGACUUCGAUGGUUAUGCAACGAACCUUCCUCCGGUCGUCGCACCGAGCCAGAUACUGCUGGAGAAGUAUGAGGACAUCGCUUGGUCUCAGCGUGCUCGCGUCGCAGAACCGCCGACAGGACCGCUAUUGCAUGUGCGCCCUGAGCUUGGGAUUCCCACUUUCGAGGAUGUGAUCGCUCAUAUCCACGUCUUGUAUCGAAUCGGACAAGACAUGCCUUACGACCUGGACGUGGAGAAGGACGCCCAAGCCUCAUACGAGUACCUCGAGGCGAACCUGGAUAGACUCCCGGGGGAGAUCAUACACACUCUUCGAACCACCGACGUAUUCCUGAACACCGAUGGCCGCGACACAGUUUGGCAAUGGUGCUCGCCAGCUGUGCUGAUCUUCAACGCGCCCGAUGAUGGACAGGAGUACAGGAGGGUCCGUCGCAGCUUGGCGCCAUACACCAAGCUCCUCUUGCACCUCGGCGCGAUGAACAUCGCACCAGCGGAAACGCCCUCCAUCCAGCGCGCUCGACCGGUAGACGCUCUGCGAAUGCUGCGCGAGUCGUUCAAUCAGAAGCGCCAGGAAGAGAUCGCAAUAGACGUCGUCUUCGUUGACGUGGAUGGAGGCAGGCACCCCGCGCAUCGGAUAUUCCUUGCCGGCUGCGCGGCCUGGUUCGACUUCGCGUUCUUCAAGUCAAAUAUGCGCGAGACGACUACGGACGGUGGGCCGCACGAGAUGAGCUUGCAGUACUGCGGUGAUGCGGUGGAACGUUGCCUCGACUACUUCUACACUGGAGAGUACGAGAAGGUCGAGCAUAGAGACCUACAAGUGUUGUUUGACAUGCUGGCGAUCGUGGACUACUGGGACAUCGACGACUUCAGGACGACGAUCGAGCUUGAUCUGUCCACGCACCUCUCGCCCACUGUGUACGAAGAGAUAUAUGAUUACGCCAAGAAGUAUCAUGGCGAUAAACUGGUCAAGAUAUGCGAAGAGUGGGAGAAGACGAACCAGACGGCGUUGAAGCGGGUGGGACUGGCUCGAGUGGAACCGGAGUCGUAUGGAUCAAUAUCGUAA